AUCAAUCUCAAUCAUACGCUCAUUACAAGACGUAAGGCGAGUUUUACAAGGUUAAACCGUGUUUAAAGUUAAGUCCAGAUCCUCGCAAAUCCUCCUUAGCUUUGGUGCUUGGAUUUACCGGAACUCAGGACUCGGAAGAACAUCACCAGUGACAGAUAGAGCAUCUCCAAUUGGUGUUCACCACGCAGUGGCCCAAGUCACAACGUUUAUCCCAGAAAAACCGAUUUGCUUGGAUUUAGACUAAGUUCUCCAGCGGAUGACAGCCAAGUCCAGACUAUCUCACAGGUCUUUGGUUUAGCAGUUAGCUGUGUGUGUGAUCUUGGAUUCUAGUAACUUAUCAUUUCGUCCUUUAAUCGCAUAAUCUGAUUGGACUUGCCAGGACUCGUGUGCGUCAAAAUUUCUAUACGUGACAACAUUUUCACUGGACUUAUUCCCUUCGGACUAUCACUAUCACAAUGACAAGCAUGGCUUACCCACCGCCCGUCUCGGGAGGCGUCGGCAAAGGAGCACCCUACUCCGUCAACGGAAUCAGUUUAGGAUCGCCAAACGUGGACUCGUGUGUAAUGCAAGCAGCCCUGAACUACCCAGGUUGGUACACGCUAGAGUCGAAAAAUUCAUUUACGCCCAACUUUCCUGCCAACACACCAAGAAAACAGAGACGAGAACGAACCACAUUUACCCGCGCUCAGUUGGACAUCUUAGAAUCGUUAUUCCAGAAGACGAGAUAUCCUGAUAUAUUCAUGAGAGAAGAGGUAGCCCUAAAGAUAAACUUACCAGAAUCCAGAGUGCAGGUCUGGUUCAAAAAUCGUCGUGCCAAAUGCCGUCAGCAACAAAAGGCUCAGGAUUCCGGCAAGCCCGCCACUUCACCCACGAACGGCCAGCAAUCUACUACCGCACCGGCCUCCCGUCCCAUCAAGAAGAGCAAAAGCCCACCCCCACCCAGCUCAUCGCCGACGGGAUCUUAUAAGUCAGCAGGAACGCCAACUUACCCAACGUCGAAUUGCGGAAUACCUAACGGGAAUGCCUCUACGCCGAUCUGGAGCCCCGCGUCCAUGACGCCUAUAAACAACAUGAAUUCUUCCGAGUACAUGCAGAGAGCUUCUUACGCAAUGUCGAACAGUCAGUCAGGCUACACUGCACAAAGUGGUUAUGGACCUUCAUCAUACUGUUGCAAUAUGGACUAUUUCCCCGCUCAAAUGCAGUGGCCAGGCGUUGUUAGCGGCGGCCAAGUUCCCACCACGACACAUUCGAGUCACAGCGGAUCCUACACACCUCUUAGCAGCGCGCAGUGUCUAAGCCGAUCAAAUACAUCAUCAGGAGAAUGCUACGAUUAUAAGGACAAUGCCAUGGCAGGCUCUGCCUGGACUCAAAACUACAAAUACUGCGAAAUCUAAAAAGGAAAUAUAAAAAAGACUAUAUUUUAUUGGCAUUCCAGGAGCAAAUCCGUUCAGUAACAAGUUGACUUUGUCUCCGCCAGGCGGCUAUGGAUCAAAAAGGACCUGCGCCGUCUGGCGGGUGCAAAGAAACCAUCAAUCACAAGAGCCAUUCUGUAAGGGACUCCUUUCUUUAUCAGUCACCUGUUACUAUUCCUUGUUUAUCAUUUACACUGCAUUCCUUUUUGAUCGGGUCACGUUGUCACAAAUUAGUUAAUUAAAAAAAGUUUUGUGCGUUUGGCCAUCCUGAAGAAAUCAGGGGUUAAUGUUCGCUUCUCCGGCCCUCAAGAUGGUGUUGGGAGGCUCGUGCUGAACCGAUUAGUUUCCUAAAUCAUGAACUGAAUUGCCAUGUUUCUAACAGGCUUUAAUAUCGAAUCCACAAAUUUAAUGUUAUGAGAGAGAUAAAGCUGGAAUGGGUACGUUGUUAAACCUAUGUUUGGUUGUGGAGUUAGUUCGGGCAUAUCGGUGUAUUGUAUUUGCCAGGUUUGAAUUUCUGGAUUUGAUAUGAACGUUUUUAAGACAAUCAUCAAUUAGAAUGCAUCAUUUGGAAAAUCAUUACCAUACCAAUCUUCGACGUUUUGGGAAAUAGAUGUACGCAUUUGUAGAGUUCCUGGCAUUUCAUCAACAAUAAUUAAGCGAACGUGCAGAUACUGAUUUAUUGAGAAGUUUGUAGUCGUUUGCAAACAAACCCUGGAUUUUGGCAAACCUUGAUGUGGUUGUUUUUUUCAUAGUUUUGAUUACUGGGAGGAAAAUUGAAUACAUGAAUUUAUCGACGGAUUAGCUCCAUGGCUAUUAAUUAAUUUUGUACAUUGAUUUAAUUAUAAAUUAUUUUGAAGGAUCUAUGUGUAUGUAUGUUGAAAAUCAGGGAAGCGAUUGUACAGCCGUGUGUGUUGUCUAAGUGAUGCUAUAUUAUGAUUUAAACAAGUCAUGAAGAACCGAGUGGACGUAGGUGAGGAGGAAAGUUCCCAGGGCGAGUAUGACGUCAUCAGGCUUGAUCAUGUGAUCAUUUCCCUGAUGUGUGUUACGCCAUGACACCAUCUCCGUUCAUCAGGUUAGAAGUAUAUUUUACUGGAGGAAAACGGCCAUAGAAUAGACUAUAGAACCGAAUAGGAUUUUUAGGAAUAAGGUUAGCUUUAUGAACCAAUUCAAGGAAGAUUUAUUUGUUGUUCAUAUGGGAACUCCAUGCGAACCACGUUGAAAAAACUGGAAAAAAACUUCCAAAUGGUUGCCAAAUGCAAGUACAUGUAAUAGUAAGGUUGCUAUCACUAGAAGCGAUGAAACUGUAUAGGAUCAAAACCUUCCUAUUGAAGUUCCCCUUCGUAUGUUCUCCUUGGUUCUUCUAGUCAGACCCAGAGCCUUUAAAAUCUAACUGUACUUCUUAGCUGUAUUGUGCGACGUGUUUGGUUCACUAAUAUUCUAGCGUUCGAAUAGAAUGAUGGUCAAUUUUUUCCAAACUCUUAGCUGUCACUGGUCAUUUAAAGAAAAAAGCAUUCUUUGUGUAUAUUAUGCUUGACGUACACUCUCGAAAAGCUCCUGUUGAAGAAUGUAAUAUCCUAGCUGCCCUGAGACGAAAGUUCUGUCCUCCUUUUUGAGAGUUAUUUUUCACAAGAUGGCGCCGGGUCACUUUGUCUCGUAAAUUUAGCAGUAGAUCCUCUAACAUUGUAUACCUGUAAACAAACCCCCUGCCUUAUUCACCCCAGUGUGUAUGAUAUCUAACUAUGGCCGUUCGGCGCGAAUGUAAAGUAUAUUUUCCAUUUUGUAAAAUGCAUUUGAUUUGUUUCACGAAUAAUUUAAUGCUGCACCGUCGAGUGACGUGUAUUGCACCGAGUUGUCAAUAACGGAGACUCGACCACCUAGGAGUAUUAAUAAAUUCGUUUUUGAUAAUAUUUCCACUUA